AUGCCAAAGGCAUCACCAUGCAUACUGCUCCGAAAUCAAUUAGUUGGAGAAGACCAACCCACAUGUCAGGACGAAGCAACUGUCAGGUCACUGCUUGGUGGAGCAUUACGGUGGAAGGUGAAGGUGAGACACAUCCCGCGACGUCGGGACAUCGAGCCUGAUCCUGAAACCAGCUGCAUCACCCCGUUGAGGGCCAUGGCGACAGGAGCUACAUCAUCAUCGACGGCCACCACAGACGGAAAAGUGCUCGUGCCUGGACCCCAAGCCUGUCGUACAACAGUCACCAUUUUGGAGGCAGUCACUGGUGGAGGAUUCGGAAGCCAGAUUCCAGCGAGAUUCACCACGUGGCAAGAGGAGGAUGGGCCCUGCACUGACAAGACGGUAGCUAGAUGGAUUGAGAAUGUCCAGAUCCCGAUCAUCUUCGUAGUAUCGUUGGCAUUUGUGUCGAGAAGACAACGGCCUGAAAAGGUGAUCCGUGCAUUGGAAUUUCUUGCUCGAGUCUUCCGAAGUGUGACAGUGCAGCCCGAGCUUGACAUGAAGGUUGAGAGCUUCAUGAAUGGAGCUGGAAGGAUGAUCAAGAUCGUUUACCGUCACUUGUGCUCGGUGGAGUGUGCGGAGCGAGCAGAGGAGAUGUGGGAAGCCUUGAGAUACCAGUACUCCAUGCUGAUUGUGGACGGUGGGACCGUUCGGGACCUUCACAUCAAGAUGACCACAACCACCAUCACCGGCCUGGGGAGCUUGAACAAGACCCAUCCACCAGUUGGAUCGAUCAUCGACCGACUCAGGAAUAAGGGGAAGUUCUUGGAGGUAAACCAAAUGCGCUGGAGCAGGAAGCCAAUUGAAGGACAGGACCUGUUCUCAGAUUGGGUCAACCUGAAGUACAGCCUCGCAUUGGAGAGGGCAGCCGCAGUCACCCACUUGCAGACGACCAUGAUGCUCUCAUCCAUCUUGCACGCAUGGCUCCGAAACUUCCGACUGAAGGACAUCAACAACCUUAUGGUGUGGAGGAUUGUGCAGGUCAUGCGAAUCUUGACCGCUGUGUUCGAUGCCCCAGAGGAUCUUUGGGCACUGGGGGGAUACCACAUCAUGAUGGCGGACAAUGGGUCGUUUCAUGAGGUGAACGCACGGCACACUGCGUUCUCAAACAUGCGGAACUACUUGACUACGGGCGCGACCCACAUUGCCAGCUGGGAUGUUCCUUUGAUGCCACAGGAUGGUCGACUGCCCAAACCGCCGAUCAAACCUCCAUUCUGGGACGCAGAGCCCAUCGAGAUGAGGCCACCAGAUGAAGUUGCCGCUGACCAAGCCCGUCAACAGACAGCCGAGGUGAAAACGAAGGCUAUGCCCAAAAGACCCGCUGCAAGGCCAUGCCGACCUCUGGUGCUACAUCCAGCGACACUGGACCCACCGGGAAGGCAAAGGCUCAAGCAAAGUCGAGACCGGAACCUCCGGGUCAUUCCAGCGCUGCCUUUCGGUUUCACGGAGAAGACUGCGGAGAACAGGGACUACCGAGACUCCAAUGUCAGAACCCGGUACUGGAUGGAACGGGAUGGCGAGAUGUUCCUGCUGUCGAUCAUGCAAGGACCUGCAGCCGGCAAUUCACCAGAUGUGUCCACGUGGCAGCAAUAUCUAAGGAUGUAUCGCUACAUUGUAGCCAAGUGGGAGUUGGCGAAGAAAGGAUCUUUCCUCACCGCCGCAUCACGGAUGCUCCUGAUAGGCCCACAUAACGUUGAUGUUGCGAACGGAACUGAUGUGGGAGGAUUGAGGAGGAGAAUCGCCAGUUCAAUUGGUGGAGAAAUCGUCGACAGACCACAUACCCCCAAAGAUGGAGACAACUUGUCUGGGAAGUUCCGCAAAGGGACAAUUGUGCUGAUCACGGAUCUGAGGAACCAAGUAUGCACAGCGACAUGUGCCAAUGAUGUUGGCAUGGGAUUGCAGGACACGGGGUGGGAGAUAGUGCUGUUCAAAAUCCACGAAUCGAAGUGCCCGUUGCCGCUGGAAAAGUUCAUUGAUACAUUGGACAAGGCGAUGAUGUUCUUGAAGGAGAAGAGCCAGGAAGGCGAUGUCACGGUGCACGUCUGGCUAUCACUGCAGUUUGUGUUGGGGCAGAACCCACCGGGCCAUACAUGGUCUUGGUCGACAACCUCUUUGCAGAAAGAUUGA